GUGAGGACUCCUUGCUGCACCUCCUGCUCCCUGAGAGGCCCUUCCGUAUCUCUCCCUCCUCGGCCCCUCUCGGGAUCACUUCCACCCUCACACACGUGUGACCAACAAGUCUGCACUUGAACUGGACUUUUAAACGCGUCCGCCUUUUUGCUUUUGUUUGUGUGUGUGUGUGUGUGUGUGUGUGUGUGUGUGUGUGUGUGUGUGUGUUUUUUGUUUUUUUCAAUGUCGUCUUUGCCAGGAACGGUACCGCGGAUGAUGCGCCCUGCUCCGGGACAGAACUACCCCCGAACCGGAUUCCCUCUGGAAGUGUCCACUCCUCUGGGCCAGGGCCGGGUCAACCAGCUUGGGGGGGUCUUCAUUAACGGCCGGCCGCUGCCCAACCACAUCCGGCACAAGAUCGUGGAGAUGGCUCAUCACGGGAUCCGACCCUGCGUCAUCUCCCGCCAGCUGCGCGUCUCUCACGGCUGCGUGUCCAAGAUCCUGUGCCGCUACCAGGAGACCGGCUCCAUCCGGCCCGGGGCCAUCGGAGGCAGCAAGCCCAGGCAGGUCGCCACACCCGACGUGGAGAAGCGGAUAGAGGAGUACAAGCGGGACAACCCCGGCAUGUUCAGCUGGGAGAUCCGGGACAAGCUGCUGAAGGACGGCGUGUGUGACAGGAGCACAGUCCCUUCAGGUGAGGCCUGCUCCGUGAGUUCGAUUAGCCGCGUUCUUCGAGCUCGGUUUGGAAAAAAGGACGACGAGGAGGAGUGCGAUAAGAAGGAUGAAGACGGGGAGAAGAAGAGCAAACACAGCAUCGACGGGAUCCUGGGAGACAAAGGCAGUCGGAUGGAUGAGCUGUCGGAUGUGGAGUCGGAGCCGGACCUCCCUCUGAAGAGGAAGCAGCGCAGGAGUCGGACCACGUUCACAGCGGAGCAGCUGGAGGAGCUGGAGAAGGCCUUUGAGAGAACCCACUACCCCGACAUCUACACCAGGGAGGAGCUGGCCCAGAGGACCAAACUCACAGAGGCCCGGGUCCAGGUUUGGUUCAGCAAUCGAAGGGCCAGGUGGCGAAAACAAGCAGGAGCCAAUCAGCUAGCAGCUUUCAACCACCUGUUGCCGGCUGGAUUUCCUCCCACAGGGAUGCCAACACUUCCAACGUACCAGCUGCCAGAGUCCAGCUAUCAAACCAACACUCUGUCCCAAGACGGUAAUGGUACACUCCACCGUCCCCAGCCGUUACCUCCAUCCACCAUGCACCAGGGCGGUCUGGCCAGCACUGACAGCAGCUCGGCCUACGGUCUGGCCUCCAACCGCCACAGCUUCUCUUCCUACUCUGAUUCCUUCAUGAGCUCUGCGCCCAGCAACCACGUCAACCAGGUCAACAACGGACUCUCGCCACAGGUGAUGAGCAUGUUGAGUAACCCCAGCGCUGUUUCCUCUCAGCAACAACACGACUUCUCCAUCUCGCCGCUCCACAGUGCCUUGGACUCCUCUCCUUCCAACGCCCUCUCAGCCAGCUGCAGCCAGCGGUCAGCUGAGAACUCCAUCAAGACAGUGGACAGCCUUUCGUCAUCCCAGUCCUACUGCCCCCCCACGUACAGCACCACCAGCUACAGCAUGGACCCGGCUGUGGCUGCUGCCGGCUACCAGUACACCCAGUAUGGCCAGACUGCUGUGGACUACCUGGCCAAGAAUGUGGGUCUGUCCGCUCAGCGCCGGGUGAAGCUGUCGGACCACUCUGCUGUUCUGGGACUGCUGCAGGUGGAGACCGGCCAGGCCUACUAGCACUCAGCUGUGCAUGCAACACCUCGUCACCAGCACAACCCACACCCCCGGCUACCAUCCACACAACCCUCCAGUGACAUUUGUCUCAGACGGCCUACAGUGUACUGGGCUGAUAUUUAAGUUUUUUAUACUUUAUUUUGUGUCAGUCUUCAUCCAGGGUUUGAGGACUCAGUGAUGCAGCUGUCUAAGCUUUAAACAUUCCUUAUGGGACCAAUCUUAUUUUAAUGUUGUUCAUUGUGCUCUAGAUUUUUUACACGAGGUUGGAAUAUUCCAUCUUUACUGAAUAACUAUAAAGCAGUGAUAUAACAAAUCACUAUCACUGAACCCUGAAUGAUUUUGGGCUGGGUGUAACCUCUGACCUGUUCUCAAUGUAUUUUACAUAAACACAUCUCUUCUGUUGGCAGUCAAACUACAAAAUGCUGCGUUACUGUCCGUCUGGAGCAGCAGACUGAGCGCUCAGACUCGCUUGAGUCUCAAUUCACGCUGUGUCCAGUGUGCCAUUAAAUUGUCACUAAAUACAAUAGUUCCCGUCACAAACUUCCUUUGAUAUAACCUCCACCAGGGAUUCCUUUUAAAAGAUUGCUGCCGGUCCACACAUCCUUAAAGACAAAUGUCUGCGACAAUUUUAAAUUCCUAAAAAGUGUUUGAAAGUAAUAUUGUGAAACCACUUAAACAUUAUUAAAAUGUAAUUGUUUAAUCGCACAUUGUUAAACACGACAGCAUGUCGUGUCUCCAGCUGCUGCAGGUAGCUGCAGAGACACAUUCCUGCGGGGCCCCGGGAUCCAUUCCAGCCCGUCAAAGCUGAAAUCUUAAAGAUCAUCUUUUUGAAAUGCAUAGUUAACUGUUAAUCACAUUAUACAAUAUUUAUUUCCCUUAAUAAGACGUUGUUCUCAUUCUUAACGAGUCUAUAAACUAUUGACAUGUUUCUUAUAAAAUGCUUAUCUGAAAUGAAUGUGUUUAUAAUGACUUGUAUAGAUCAGAUGUUAGACGUUACUAAUAGUAUUUAGUAUCUUAUGAGCGAAAUAUGAACGGUUAUUACAAGAACCUAAAGUAUCACCCAGCCAAUGAGCAGGCAGCUCUAGGGAGAAGGAUGCUGACUGUCCCAUAGGCUGACUCCACCACGCCAUAGACAUUAUAACACAGGCGGUGUUAUCUACAGUUCAAAAAUCAGAUUAGAGCCACAGAUUCAUAAUGAACGAAUGAACCUGAAGUCUUUAUCCUCUCUGCAUGAAGGGGCUUUGCACUAUACCUCCUCAUAAUAUAUAAGUCCGAUUGUGCUUAGAGGGAAUAAUUUUUGACGGAGAGAUGUAUUUAUGUUGAACAAAAAGCAGUAAUGAACAUGACAAUGGAAAACCAGGUUCAAACACACCUUAGCGUACAAAGCCCGGUCACUCUGCUGAGUCAGCUCCAUGAGGAAUAGUAUUGGGUUUCAUUCAUUGACAUGUUCUUUGGUUGUGUUGUCCGACAGCUUCACGUGCGAUUUGAUAUUGGUUCAUGAAUUCUACCUCAAAGUCCAGUGUGUUGUUCUUUUGACCACUCUAAACUACUUGAGGUCGGCAAAAACAACACGUCCAGCUGUAAGACAUAUUAACUAACCAGACAGAUCCUGGCUGAGUGAAAAGCUUUUUUUUUUUACCUUCAGAAGAAUAAAACGCUGGGUCUACCCUUAGUAAUUUGUAUAUUUUUGGUGAAAACCACUUCAAACAUCUUGAAUAUCAACAUGAGAUAUUGGCAGCUUUAAAAGAAAAUCCUUCAGGAUGUGAGGGCGACACACUCCUCUGUAGCAGACAGACAUGGACUCCUGCAGAGCUCUGGAGGAGAUGGAGGUCCAAAUAGCUCCGGACUGAGUAGCAGACCCUCAGUGUGACAAUCACUGCCCACUGCAGCAAUUGUCCAACGGCUUCCUACAACCCUGUACUUUCUAAUCUUCACUUCUUUUGAUUCUGGUCGUUCUCAUUGCAUCCGGAAACAGACGCUGACUUGUAGUACUUCCUGGAGAAAUGAUGCUGCUGUGAGGAUUUCUUUCUCUGUCAAUGUUUUCAUGUCAUCUACCAUGACAACUAACUCUCUGUUGAUGUGUUUAAAUGCCUUCCUUCCACAAAAAAAAAGUUUCAAUCCUGCAAAGAUGUUUCAAAUUAAAGGCGUCCAGCAAAGAGCCAACCCCCGCCAUUUUUUAACUGCAAUCUCAGAAACACAGACAAGAAGCGACACGCUAUUUGUCGUAGAUCCACAGUGUUUUAACCUUGCCAGUAUUUGAAUAACGACUUGAAUUUGAGAAUUUCUAUUGUAUAGAUUUAAUAUGUCAAAAGACGAAAAUGUAUUAUGUGUAACAAUAUGGAUAAAAACCUAUUACCACACAAGAGAGAUACAGAUCCUGUAAUUUCAGCAUCAAAAAAUUAUAAAGCAGUAAACCAAUUCCAUAAAGUGAGGAUGUGUAGUCCAUCAGAUCACACAUACUGACCAAAGGUAAUCAGCCGAGGAGCAUCAUCGCUGCAUGAUGAAGUGAAAACCACUUCAAGGUUGAGAGGACAAACAGUGAGCAAACCAAACCCUUAGCACAGCAUUCCCUUCAAAAAUUAUACUUGAAAAAUCAAAUAUUAUUGAAGUUUCGUUUUUGUUUCUUUCACUCUUCUUGUGUAUUUAAUGACAUUUCAGAGACGCUACAGUGUUUAAUCCUCAGCUCACAGGAGUUUAAAGAUGAUGCCAUAAAAUGUCACCGAGUGUAUUUCUGUUCCUGGAUGCUGGUGUCCAUGUUUACCCGAGGAACUCAUCACUGUCUCCUCCAGAUGCUGGCUGUGUUAACCUUCUACCUUGUGUACAUAUAUAUAUAUUUUACUGACAGCAAACCAAGGAAAACAUACAGGAUCAAAUGUACAGUAACCCCCCCCUUUUGGUCCUCUUUCUGCUUGUGUUGUUCUGUUUUUGGUUUGGCAUGUUUGUAUGUUACCAUGGUAUAAUUUAUUCUACCUGUAUGAAGUAUUAGACUAGUGACACAUUUUUAUUGGCAUUUCCUCCCUUCUGCUCUUUGGUGUGUUAACUGUGACACUUGCGUAAC